UUUUCUUUUUUCCUUUUUAUUCCUAUUUCCUUACCCUUUGUAUGAGCUCCAAUAAAGCACGUCCACCGAUAACACGCCUAUACAGAGAAGGACCUCACCAAAAUCAAACAACAAAGGACAUAUACCUACAUCGUUCUCAAUCCCGUCACGUCAAGCCGGAGCCUCAGUAUUUGGCUUCAAAUAACGAUAAUGACAAGUAUGCGGAUAUGCUGAGACACUAUGACGGUAGCCAUUGUAGGCUGGAGGAAGCUAUCGUGCCAGUGGACGGAACCACACCUCUUGCAAUAUCUGACGCACGCACCAUGUCAAAACAGCAUUAUGUGUUGUUACCUUUGGGGAAGACCGGUGAUGGCAAGUCAAGUUUGCUGAAUACUUUGUUCGAAUCGUCCAUCUUCCAUGCCAAGUUUGGUGCUCGCUCUGUUACGAGUACGGUCACCGAAUGCACAGGAAUUUGGAGACUGGACAAUAAUUCCAACAGCGAGUGUUUGAUCACAGUGGCGGAUACGCCUGGCUUUGCGGACUCGGAAGGACGCGAUUCCGCUUUCAAAGGACAACUACAAGAUUAUAUCCGUGAUGUAUCAAUACGUUUAGGCAUUGAUGCAUUUUUGCUCGUCUUCCAAUAUACAUCUAACCAGGUUAUGAAGGUGAUCCGCGCGUUUGCUCAAGUGAUGGAAACAAUGGAACCAAAGACGUGGUGGGAUCAUACAAUCCUUGUGUUUACUCAUGUGGAUUUCGGUAAACGUAGUUCUCAGCAAGUGUCUGAUCGCAAAAUCAAUAUAAAGAAUAAGCUGGCACGCCAAAUUCAAGAGGAAUUUGGUCUCAAGCAACCGCCCUCGAUUGUAUUUUUUAGUUCGAAUAGGACAUGCGCUUUAGACGUCGGUAACGCGGCGAUUUGUGAAUGCAAUCUUAUCAAUGACUAUAUCAGUGAACGGAUGCGACAGCUCAGGAGUGCCAUUGCCGAUUGUCACACCAAAGGACGAUGGGUUGCAAAGCAGUAAAAAACCUUGUAUCACC